AGUUGUUUACGUUUGUGUGAGUUCGACGUCAUCGGAUCCAAUAGAAGUUUUGUAGAAGUGGUCUGUGUGUUUGCCCGUCUCGAAGCGUAAAAAGAAAAUGUUUUUUCUUCGUACUUACAGUCGUUUUCCCAUCAGACACGUUAAUAUUUGCGCCAGGCUACUAAGUACGGCGACUCAGCCUGCCGUCAACGAAGAACAAAAACACGAAGCUCAAAAAAAGCAGGAAACAAAUUCUUUCGUCAUGAACAUUUUUAAAGGACAGUUUAAAGGAGAGCAAAUAUUUCCUUAUCCACAUGUAUUGACAGAAGAGCAAGAAGAGAAUAUGAAAAUGAUGCUGGGUCCUGUAGAAAGAUUUUUUAAGGAAGUGAAUAAUCCUGUAAAAAAUGAUGAAACAGAAAGUAUAGAUGAAGCAACUGUUCAAGCUUUAAGAGAAUUGGGGGCUUUUGGCCUAUUGAUUCCUCAAAAAUAUGGAGGACUGGGUCUGUGCAACAGUCAGUAUGCUCGAUUAGGUGAAGUGAUUGGAAUGAAUGACAUGGGUGUGGGAAUUUUUAUUGGAGCUCAUCAGUCAAUUGGACUUAAGGGAAUUCUUCUUUAUGGAAAUGAGGAACAGAAAGAAAAGUAUCUUCCAGAUUUGGCCGCCGGUAGAAAGUUUGCUGCUUAUUGUCUCACCGAACCGGGUCAUGGUUCCGAUGCAAGCUCGAUAAAAACUCGAGCCGAACUGUCACCAGAUGGAAAACAUUACGUUAUGAAUGGAAGCAAAAUUUGGAUUACUAAUGGAGGAGUUGCAGACAUUUUCACAGUUUUUGCUCAAACACCGGUUGACACUCCAAAAGGCAAGAAAGACAAAAUUACUGCAUUUAUUGUGGAGAGGGCUUUCAAAGGUGUUACGAGUGGACCUCCAGAAAAGAAAUUGGGUAUUAAAGCGUCUAAUACAGCUGAACUCUUUUUUGACAAUGUUAAGAUACCAGUAGAAAAUAUUUUGGGUGAAGUCGGAGAGGGAUUUAAGGUAGCCAUGAACAUAUUAAACAGUGGAAGAUUUGGUAUGGCAGCAGUUAUGACGGGUGUCAUGAGGAAGGCUAUCGAAAAGGCAGUGGAUCAUGCAACAACUCGAGUGCAGUUUGGUAAUAAAAUAUGUACGUACGGUACGAUUCAAGAAAAAUUAGCUCGUAUGGCCAUGAAACAUUAUAUUACCAUGAGCAUGACAUAUGCAGUAUCCGGUUUGUUGGACCAAGAAAUAAAAGAUUGUCAGUUGGAAGCAGCCAUUAGUAAAGUAUUUGGAUCGGAGUCUGCUUGGUACGUGGUAGACGAAGCCAUUCAAACUCUGGGAGGAAUGGGUUUCAUGAAAGAGGCCGGGUUGGAAAAAAUGUUGCGAGAUCUCAGGAUAUUUCGUAUUUUUGAAGGAACAAAUGAUAUUCUUAAACUUUUUGUUGCCUUAACUGGUCUGCAAUAUGCUGGUGGACAUCUGAAGGAAUUACAGAAUGCCAUGAAGAAUCCAGCUGCCAAUCUUGGUUUGAUACUGGACGAAGGAGUCAAGAGGAUGAAGCAAGCAGUAGGACUCAGCAGUAAUAUAUCAAUAAAUGAAUUUGUGCAUCCAAAUUUGCAUUCUUCUACUAACCUUGUAGGAAGGUCUAUAGAACAGUUUGGUUCUUCAGUAGAGUAUUUGUUGAUGAAGUAUAAAAAGAAUAUUAUAAAUGAACAGUUUUUAUUGAAUCGUCUAGCAGUGUCGGCAGUGGACAUUUACAGCAUGAUCGUAGUGUUGUCUAAAUGUACGCAGACCUUAGAAAAGAACCUGCCCUCAUCCCAGCACGAAGAGGCCUUAACCAAAGUCAUCUGUUCAGAAGCAGCAGAACGAGUGCAAUUAGAACUGAGUAGCUUGAAGAAAGGAGAAAAGUUGGAUAACUUCAAGACCAUGGCAUCCAUAUCCGAGGACCUCUGCAAAAACGGUACCGUGUGCGCCUAUCCCGCUCUCGGAUUCUAAUAUACAUAAGUCGUCACCGAAGAACACACGGUUCCCUGUACAUAAGGAAAUAUUUGUGUAUCUGCCAAAUCGUCCAUAAUUGAUUAUAUAAUCAUAAUUGCAUAAAGCGCAAUUGGGUUCUUUUGAAACCAAUAUUUUCAAACCGAUUAUUUUUACAUAUUUUCUAAAUAUAUAAAACUCCAAUAAAUAUAUUACUUUUAGUAGU